AUGGACUCAUCAGAUACUACUGCAAAUAAGUUUGUCCCGGAAUAUAGAAGGACAAACUUCAAGAACAAAGGAAGAUUCACCGCUGAUGAACUUCGUCGUCGUAGAGAUACUCAACAAGUGGAAUUGAGAAAGGCAAAGAGAGACGAAGCACUAGCCAAGAGAAGAAAUUUUGCUGCCCCUACCGCCGAUGAUGACUCAGAGGAUGAAGACGAUACUACCCUUGCGGGGCAACAACAAUUUAUACAGCAACUACAACAAGAAUUACCCCAAAUGGUCCAACAGAUUCAAUCAAAUGACUUGCAAGAACAAUUGAAUGCCACUGUGAAAUUUAGACAAAUACUUUCAAGAGAGGUUUCACCACCUAUUGAUUUGGUUAUUCAAACAGGGAUAAUUCCAAGAUUUGUCGAGUUCAUGAAUGAAAACCAACCUGAGUUACUUCAAUUAGAAGCUGCUUGGGCUUUAACUAAUAUUGCAUCAGGCUCCUCUCAACAAACUGCCACCGUCGUUGAGGCAGGUGCUGUUCCAUUAUUCAUUCAAUUGUUAUAUACGGGCUCCGUUGAAGUGCAAGAACAAGCAAUUUGGGCUCUUGGUAACAUCGCUGGUGACUCACCUGAAUAUAGAGAUUUUGUCCUGCAUUGUGGGGCCAUGGAACCAAUUCUAGGCCUUUUCUCAAGUAAUAAGACCACAUUAAUUAGAACUGCCACUUGGACAUUGUCUAAUCUAUGUAGAGGUAAGAAACCACAUCCAGAUUGGUCGAUUGUGUCAUUAUCGCUACCAACUUUGGCUAAAUUGAUCUAUUCCUUAGACUUGGAAACUAUUGUGGAUGCAGCUUGGGCUAUCUCAUAUUUAUCUGAUGGCCCACCAGAGGCAAUUCAAGCAGUAAUUGAUAAUAAAAUUCCACAAAGGCUAGUUGAAUUACUGUCUCACAAUUCCACCCUAGUGCAAACACCAGCUCUAAGAGCCGUUGGGAAUAUAGUGACAGGGAAUGAUAUGCAAACCGAAACCGUUCUAAAUGCAGGUGUUUUGAAAGCCUUACCUCCAUUAUUAUCUUCACCAAAGGAAAAUAUUAAGAAGGAAGCAUGUUGGACAAUUUCUAACAUCACUGCCGGUACUGUGGACCAAAUCCAAGCUGUAAUUGAUGCUGGUUUAGUCCCAGGUUUGAUUAAAUUAUUAAGUUCUGCAGAAUAUAAGACCAAGAAGGAAGCUUGCUGGGCUAUUUCAAAUGCCACUUCAGGUGGGUUACAAAAACCCGAAAUCGUUAGAUAUCUGGCUAAUGAAGGUUGCAUAAAACCGUUGUGUGAUUUAUUAGAGAUUGCCGAUACAAGAAUAUUGGAAGUAGCAUUGGAAGCCUUAGAACAUAUCUUGAAAGUGGGGGAAAUAGACAAGGAAUCUCAAGGUUUGUCGAUGAAUAUAUAUGUUGAUGCCAUUGAAAAAGUCGGUGGGAUGGAAAAGAUCUUUAAUUGUCAACAGAGUGAAAAUGAUAAGAUUUAUGAGAAGGCUUACAAAAUUAUUGAGACGUACUUCGGAGAAGAUGAUGAAGCUAUCGAUGAAUCCUUGGCCCCACAGGCUGCAAACAACACAUUUGGCUUUGGUUCCAACGUGAACCAACCAUUUAAUUUCAAUAAUUAA